AUGCUUAACGAUGGAUUUACGCUGAUAGUUUCUUCCCUCUCGAGCAAUGAGCUAGAGCUGCAUGAUGUAGGUGGACACAAACAUGUGAUGCGUUCGCAGAAAAAUAUGGGCAUAAUACUAGUUGAAGAGACGAUUAUUGGGCAGAGAAUGAGGUCAUCGUUGGUGGGAGGUCGCCAUGGAAGUGAGGUGAUUUACCAAGCCCAUUCAAUUCCUGCGAGAAGGAGUAAAUCGCAAAACGCAUGUGAACAAAUUUUUCAAGAUGACACUCACAUUUUCAAAUUCUCACAAGUAUUGUCAUCAUAG